AUGCCGUCUGUCUUCAAGAAACUGCGCAAGCCUUUCUCCAAAUCAUCUUCAGAGGGCAAGUCAUCUAAGGUUCGAAGCUCGAGUACUGUCUCUCCUCUUGUUUCCCAACCCAGUAGCAGCUCCAGCGGUUUGACAGAUCACAACCCAUCCAGAUUCGAGUCUACAACGCCCGACAGCUUGCAGGAUGUCUCGAGUCGCGCACAGACGUUCCCAUCUGCCAUCUCCAACACUUCACCAACCGGCAAUGAUCUCCAGCCACAGCCAAGUAUCGACAGCGCAUCAUCAGCAGGUCUCAGCGGGUCCAGUACCAAGAGACGCAGCGUCUUCCCUCUCGAUAUUGCCAAGCAGGCUGUAGAUCAGAUUGUCUCCAGAUCCGUCAUCACUGUCGAGUCUAUCAAGCUAGGCGAUCUCACUCCAGACGGUUUCCACAUCAGUCUCCACAUUCGCAUCGGCAAGACUGGCCCAGCAAAAGCAAAGAUCUCGUUCCCCGAUGGCAUUGAUCUCUACCUCAAGCCUUCAGAUACCCGAAGCAUUGCCAACAUCAAGCUCUCACCAAUCAAGAUAAGGAAUGCCACUAGGACAACUGGUCUUACCAUUGAUGGCCGCCUCACCGCAUCCGCUUUCAGCACGUCGGCUGGUCACAAAGGCCUCGAUGCUCUCUUCCGUACCUUGCUGUCCACCAAUGGCGACGUGAUCCUCAAAGUCGGCUCUCACACCACCGAGGUCAAAGCCUACGGCAUGUCUUUUAAGCGCAUUUGGCUUGAAAAGAAGAUUCUUCUCCACGGCCUGAAUCACCUCGGUGGCGUACUCUCUUUUGGCCCUUCGACAUCAGCAUCAACCUCACAGUCUUUGCAGCGCAGCUCGAUUCAAGGUUUCAAGCUCGUCGGAGGUGAUCCAAAGUCAGGCAUCUCUUUCCAAGCUCAAGUCGAGCUUGUCAACCCAGCGCAGAUCACUGCGCAACUUGGUGACAUCCGACUUCGUCUACAGACCGACAUUGACGAGCUCAGAACCAAACAAGGCGAUCAGAAUGCAUUCAUCGGACAAGUCAUCUUGCCCAACCUCACGUUUCAGCCUGGCUCCACGCAUCUGGCUACGCGCGGCAAUGUCCUAGUCGCGCCAGAAGGUGAUUCAGCCCGUACUGCAGGUCUUACGCUCAUUCGCUAUCUGCUCGAGAAUCGCUCCGUCUCGAUCAAUGUCAUUGGCUCCAGCUCCGCUUCCAACGUGCCAUGGGUGGCCGCUCUCUUUACUGGCGUUCAGAUCUCAGCACUGCUCCCUGCUCUCGGCAUCAAUUCCAAGUUGCUCGAUGGUGCGUCACUCAUUCCGCCUGAAGAAGCCAGUCUUUCGCCUCAGCUCCAGCUCUACGCUCGUGCUACACUUCGCAAUCAACUGGGCCCACCACUUCAUAUUCAUGCACUGAACGUCGAAGCUUACCAAGAGUCUGAACAAGACGAGCGCGAUGCUGGCGCCUCGCCUACCAAUCCCGAUCCGAUCCGCCUCGGCGACAUUCGCACGCCAUCCGAUUGGCCAAUGCUGACGCUCUCCCCCGAGAAUCCUAUCCACGCAAGUCUACCAUUCUCUUUAUCGGCAGGAGGUUCGUCCUACGUGCGCAUACUCAAGAAUGAGGCCAAAAGGAAAGGUAUUGAGCUCAACGAGAACCUCAUCGCAGCGUUGCAGCUCAUGCCAGUUGCCGAGGGGCAAGCCAGUCAAGACCCAUCACAAGCUGUACCUGCCGUCUCGCGCUCGCAGAAGCUCUCUUCGCACCAGGCUCUUGACUUGCCCAAUCUCAUUGCUAGUGCACUGUCUUCCCUCAAAGUAUCGGCACACAUUGUUGCUAAUGUUUCCAUCGGCGACUAUCGUAUUCCCGGUGCGAUCACCUUUGUGCAGCACCAAUUACCCAUCGCCAUCACAGUCAAGACAGCCCGAAACAUCCUUCCAACAAUCGGCGCUCCUCUGGUAGAUGCACUCAUUGACCAGGCCAAGGUCUCCAUUACCAAACUCAAGAUUCUCGACAUGGACGAAAAGGGUCUCAAUGUAGAAGCCGACAUUGGACUUGUCGACUUUGGUCCCCUAGACGUUGAGAUUCACCUCGACCAGGGGCUCAGCAUUACGUCCACAUCUGUCCAUGCCACCCAAGACAGCCCACCGGUCAUCGGUCGGAUCGUCUUUGGAGAGCCUCUACGCGGUAUUACAGGCAGCGAAGGACUCAUCAAAACGCGUCUCCGCAUCUUGCCUGCUUCAGGCCCGAAGAGUGUUGCCAACUUUGCCACCUUUGUGUCAGAACUGAUCCACCAAGAGGAGCUCAAGGUCGACAUUUCGACCGACGCCUGCCGUGUCGUUGCAGGUGGAGCUGACUUCCCAGCGGUGCUGUUCAAGUCGGUCGUCUUGCCCGGUCUCGGCGGUCUCAAGGGUCUAGCUCUCGAAGGGCUCGACAUCUUUGACGAGGUAGCUGCCCCAAGCGGUCCAGGACGCGGGAGAGCUCUUAGCUCUGCAUCCGCUUCCAGCGGCGGCUCAGGUCAUGUCGCACUAAAGGAGAAAGCUUUCAAGAUCAGGACUCGCGUCCGCAUCCCGCAUAAAGGUCUUCUUGCUGUAGGUCUGUCCAAGAUCGAAGCUGGCGUCGAGUUCGAAGGCGUUCAGAUCGGCAUCAUCACUGCGGAGGACAUCGUGUUUACUCUGACCCAGGCAGAUGUCGAGUUCGAGGCCAAGGGCUAUAUCUUUAUAGGCAGCGAAUCGCUGAAAGAGGACCAGACGAUUCCCGAGUAUAGGCAGACUGCCCUGCAGAUGUUUGGCAGGCUUGCGAGUGCGCUUCUAGCUGGUACUUCUGCCGAGCUGACCAUCAGAGGGUACCGCGCCUUUGCCAUGGGUGAGCUGCAGCACCUCACUCCAAGCCGUAGCCAAGUUUCGCCUCAUCUGAGGAGCAAAUCCUCCACAAACUCGGUCCAGCGGACGCCUUCCAGCACGAUUCAGAGAAAGGAGUCAAUGAAGCUCGCACGAAAUGGAUCAAUGAGCACCUCGUCAAGCUCGACCUUUACGCAAAAGCAAGUGCCCUGGCUUGAUCAGGCUUUCCAAAAGGUCACGAUCAAGACGGUGCUUCAGCAAGACUUGCAUCCGGUCAUCAAAGGCAUACAGGUCAAGAAGAUUUUUGCUAACUUCCUCCGCGAGCAAUCCAUGCAGGCCGACAUCGACGAGAUCUCGUUCCAAGUCGAAGUGCCUCUAGCUGUCCGCUUCGAGAUCUUGUCGGUUCAAGCUGACAUCGAGGUGCAUUUUGAAGGCUACGGUUGCGUCGGGACAGGUUGGCUCGAUGGCGAUGUGCAGUCUUGCAUUCCGUGCGAGGAAGCCAGCGGCGAUAGCAGCAAGAUGGACGAAAGCGCAAAGACGUGCCGUCUGGUGCGACUCGCGCCUGGUUCCUUCCACCUCGCCACGAAGCCCACUGAGGGCCUUGGACAGCUCAUUGCGCACAUUGCUGACUGCGAGGAGACUGACAAGAUCAGCAUUCGUGGCAAAGCUCGCGCCCGCGUCGACAUGGCGCUCGGUGAGAUCUACGUCGAUGUGGAUCUCGGGAAGCAUCCACAUGUGCUGCAGAUGGAUGGCGUGCGUGGGUUGCGAUCAAGCCCUGUUCAGUACAGAAAUCUGCAAGUGGUGGAGGCAUCCAGCGGCUACCUCAAGAUUGUCUUCUCGCUCUACCUCAACAAUCCAUCCAAAUCGUUCCAAUUUGCAUUACCGGACACGGAUAUGACGAUGGCAGCAUUCUACCGUGGCAUGUACGUUGGGAGAGCUCAUAUACCGAAGGGAUUCAAGUUGGGAACAGGGCCGGUAGCGGUGCAUGACAUUCACUUCCGAUAUUGUCCGCCACUCGAAGCAAAGCAAGCAGUGCGCGAUAUCCCUGCCAACUUUCUGUCCGGACGCACCACCACACUCGAGAUCAGAGGUGACGACGAAUCGAGCGAGAUUCCGCUCCUAGUUCCUGCUCUCAAGAGCAUCAAGCUGUCAUUCGCUCUCAAGCCGAUGAUGGAUCGCACACUGAUCGAUAGCAUCUCAAUCGCUCUAGGCGUGACUGCUCUUACAGCAUCGUCCGUGGACGCCGAGUUCGUGGUCAACAAUCCGCUUGGCGUUCCAUUCGAUCUGUGCGCCAUGUCGUUCAUGGCGUAUUACAAAGGCCAGCCCUUUGGCAGCUGCACAGUCAAAUUCGAAGCCGAUCGACCGCUUCGUGUGCCCGCUGGCAGUGUCAAACUACCCGGACGGCAGAAAAGCGCUCCGGUCACCGUGACACUUGCUCAACCGCUCGAGGACAUGGUAGGCGCCUUCCUCAAGAGCAAAGGUCAGCUCAUGCUUGACUUGGAGGUGGCGGCGAAGGUUGAGAUUCAAGGAUUCCAAAUUCCUGAUUUCAAUUAUCGCCAGCCGCAGCUUCCGCUCAAUAUCAAGGGCCUCGAAGGUAUUUCCAAAUGGAUGAAGUUCUUGCCCGGAUGA